GAUAUGUUAUGAGAAUGGUUUACUUCAUCCUACUCCUAUUUUAUUGACUCUAUUGUGAGAUUUUUAUGUUCGCUAAGAACAAAGAGAUCGCAUGAAUCUUUAAAGAAGAGAUCAAACACCCGCCGGACAGGAGAGAGUGUUUUUGUUUCGCCUGAUUUGUGAGCGAUCCUGGGACGAGCGCUCGCUCUGCUGGCAUGUUCGGAGAACCGUCUGCAGGAUAAAAGCUUGUGAUAACUGAACAUAAAAAAUGAUGGACCAUAUGGCAACUACUAGUAACAGUCAAGGGCCAGUCCUCUGUGAACCGUCUUACUCUGCCUGUAAAAUGGCCCGUAUGGAGAAUGCCAGAGAUUUACCUGGACUUGGAGUCACACCUGUGACCUCUAAACCAACAACAUUAUCAAACACCGUUAGGAAGAUAGGCAGUCUGCUUCCUGUGUUCUGUAUGGUGGAGCAGGGUGAUAACUCACCCUCUGAGAGAAAGAGGUCAGAGCAUGCAGAAUUUGUGCUCUUGAGGAAAGACCUACUGUUUAGCCAGAUCACUGAGGCUGCACUGCAAGAGCUGGGCUAUACGCACACUGCCGCUGCACUGGCUACAGGUCAAGUUCAGGUUGGUCAUUGGAACCCUGUAGCCCUGUCCACUGUUACUGACACCUCGGAUGCAACAGUAGGAGACAUGCUUCAAGACCUUUAUCAUAUCAUCACAUUAAGAAUAAAGCUAAACAGUGUUUCUAAAUUAGAGGACUUGCCAGCUGAGCAGUGGACUCAUUCCACUGUGAGAAAUGCCCUAAAGGAGCUGCUGAAAGAGAUGAAUCAGAGCUCACUGGCUAAAGAGUGUCCACUAUCACAGAGCAUGAUUUCAUCAGUGGUAAAUGGCACUUACUACGCCAGCAUCUCUGCUGCAAGAUGUCAGGAGUUUGGCCAGUGGUACAAACACCACAAGAGGGCCAAAGCUAUGAUGGGUGAGAUGGACAGGCAUUGCAACCAACCCUCAUCCUCCAGCCAACCCACCAUCUACCAGCAGCCAAUAGAAGACAGGGUGGCGGAGCCACAUGGUAUUGUACAGAUGCAAGCUGGAAUGCCUGGUUUGGUGAUGGCUCAGCUCCUGUCUCAGCAGCAUGCCAUGUCUCAACUUCUCACACACGCUCACACACACUCACACGGGGCUCAUACCGUGCCUCUAAGGACUCCACCCAGCUGUAAUGUGUCACCACCCACAGUAGCUCGAGGUUCCUCCCCUGUCUCUGAUGUGUCACCUGAAAUCUACCAUUGGGUGCGCGAGGAGUUGAAAAGAGCAGGAAUUUCCCAAGCAGUGUUUGCACGAGUAGCCAUUAAUAGAACUCAGGGCCUGCUUUCUGAGAUCUUACGUAAGGAAGAGGACCCACGGUGCGCAUCUCAAUCUCUUUUAGUGAACCUGAGGGCCAUGCAGGCCUUCUUACAACUGCCACAGAGUCAGAGAGACUCGAUCUAUCUGGAUGAAAGAGAACGCAACCUCAACAGUACCUACAGCACAAGCUCCAGCUCACCUCUGCCCAUUCAGGCAAAACUGUCACCUGUUGCCAAGGACAUUGUAUUGAAAGUGGAAUCUGAUGAUUAUGGCAUAAACUCUGGCAUUUAUGAUGAAAUACAGCAGGAAAUGAGACGGGCCAAAGUGUCACAGGCUUUGUUCGCGAAAGUUUCAGCAGCCAAAAGCCAGGGCUGGCUGUGUGAGCUGCUGCGCUGGAAGGAGGAUCCAUCUCCUCACAAUCGUACCCUGUGGGAAAAUCUGACUUUGAUACGUCAGUUCCUAAAUCUCAGCCAACCAGAGCGAGAUGUUAUUUAUGACCAAGAGAGCAAUACAGGACAGACACUAUUUCAAGAAAUACACACAAGACCACUGCCUGAACCACUGCAGAUGAUACCACAGCAUCUGGGGCUUAUAAAGCAACUACAGAAAAAUCCACUAUCGCACCAUCAACCCUUCCCACAACCCCAAAUAAUCACUGGCAGAGACAGGACUCCGAUAGGCCCAAGUCUGGGAGGCACGUUUUUACCACCAGAAGCCCAUGCUAUCCUGCAGAGUUUCAUUCAGGAAGUGGGACUUCAUCCAGACCAAGAGGCAAUUCAUACACUAUCUGCUCAACUAGGUGUGGCGAAAGAGACUGUUCUCAGCUUUUUCCAUGGUCACAACUGGCAUAGUCAGGACGAUAAGCACAAGAGAAUGGACCAACGAGAAGGAGAAAGGGAAGAUGAUUCCAUGGAGGAAGAUGGAGAAUACAGGGAUACAAAGGAAAAUGAUAAGAGGACAGAGGAAAACAAGAUAACUGGGAAGCAAGACAUUGAUGUGUUGGAGCAGAAUGCAUCUACACAAACUCGUUUUAUCAUUGCUAUUAAACAGGAGGAGGCGCUCCCAUGUAAGGAGGAGCAUGAUGAUAGCUCCACCCACUGCCAGUUCAUAAACUCCUAAAAAUGCAUACUAAAUCCCAUUUAGACAAUUGGACAGCAGUGGAUCCAAUUUUAGCCUAUUUAUGUUUGUGCCUUGUGCACAAGGUGUUUUGUCUCGCUAAGACAUCAGUCUUUGGAUGGGCUUUGUGGAAUAUUGUAGAUUUUACAGUCGAAAUGCCACGGAAAACAUAAAUUAAACAUGACUGUUCUUUAUUUAAAAUGCUCUAUUUAUUAGGGGGUGUAAAAAGGAAUCAACCUGACAAUAAAAAUUCAAUGCAUCGAUAAAAGUAUUGAACAAUGAAUUAUAAUUACUCUAAUAAUACCCAAUGUAUUAUGCAUUAAUUUCUUACCCGAAGUACAAUUCUUGACUUAUUUUUGGUUGUAAAAAUUGACCAAUUACAGAUCCACUUUCUGUGUAGACACGUUUGAUUGUCCCAUUUGUGUCUUCAGCAUGUUUUUGAAAAUAAUAUGAUAAAAAGCAGUAAAAUAAUUGGAUCGCACCGAACCAAUCAGAAGUCAAGAUGCAAUAUGGUCAGAGCAAAUACAUUUACACCCCUAAAUGUAUAUAAUUUGCUAUUUCAGAGUAUUAUUUAAUGUUUGUCUCUCAUUUUCUGUUAAAAUCCUUAGUCUUACAAUAUGCAGGGAAUGAUGUUCAGUGUUAACAGUGGCAUUUUCAGCCAAGCAGUAUUGUCUUUUACAAAAGAAGUUGCCAGAGACCCUGGGACGUAUUAUCUCUGUUUAGAAACGAGCAGCACGUAACUACAUUAUUGUGUAUUAGAUAAAACACAAUAGGAACAGCACUUUCUAGUUCUUUCCUUCUCUUUACAUGUUCUU